UUCACUUUUCUUUAAACAGAAAGAAAAAUCAGUCUUCUUUUAAAGAUCUUAUGACCACCAUGUUAGAAUCGCUUAUGCGUUUGCAUUUUCUCUUGUUACCCUUUCUAUGUUGUGUCUCCCCUUCAAACUCCGCCACUAUAAAAUUCAUUACAAGUGAUCCUCUUGCUGGUCUUGUCGGGUGUCAUCCCCACCAGAUUAAAGUAUUUAAGCAGUUCAAGAAUGAGUUUGAUGCCCGCCGUUGCAACCACCCCUACAACGGAAUCUGGUGCGAUAACUCAACAGGUGCGGUCACGAAGCUACGACUCAGGGCAUGUCUCGCUGGAACGUUGAAGUCCAACAGUAGCCUCUUCCAGUUCCAUCAUCUUCGGUUUCUCGAUCUUUCUCACAACAACUUUGCCUCCUCUUCACUCCCUUCCGAGUUUGGAAAUCUCACCAAAUUAGAGGUUUUAUCUCUUUCCUUCAAUGGUCUCCUCGGCCAAGUUCCUUCCUCAUUUAGUAACCUAAGCAUGCUUUCUAAACUAGACCUUUCCCAAAACGAUCUCACUGGUAGUUUCCCACUUGUGAGUAAUCUAACCAAGCUCACUGUCCUAGACCUUUCUCAUAACCACUUCUAUGGAACUUUGUAUCCCAACAAUAGCCUCUUUGAGUUGCACCACCUCCUCUACCUUAAUCUAGCUUUCAACAACUUCAAUUCCUCUAUCCCUUAUGAAUUUAGCAAUCUCAACCAAUUAAAAGCCCUUGCUCUUUCCUCCAAUGGCUUUACCGGUCAAGUCCCUCCCAUAUUUGGUAACCUAACCCGGUUAACUCUGUUGUACCUCGACCGAAACAACCUCAUUGGUAGCAUCCCACUUUUACAAAACCUAACCAUGCUCUCCGUUCUAAAUCUUUAUGAGAAUCACUUCUCUGGAACCAUUCCUUCUUAUCUCCUCUCUAUGCCAUCCUUAACAUAUCUCGAUCUGCGUGGAAACGACCUCACCGGUUCUAUCGAAGUUGAUAACUCAUCUAGUCUCCAAUACAUGUACCUUGGGCACAACCAUUUUGAAAUAAAAAUCAUAGAGCCUAUCUCAAAGCUCAUCAACCUCACACACCUAGACCUUUCUUUCCUAAACACAAGCUAUCCAGUUGACUUAAACCUCUUCUCCCCUCUCAAAUCUUUGGUGCACCUUGAUCUUUCCGGUAACAGUAUAUCUCCAGCCAGCUUAAGUUCAGAUUCAUCCAUCCCAUUGAGUUUAGCAAUGGUGUUCUUUAAGCAUUGUGGAAUCAAGGAGUUCCCAAACAUGUUAAAAAAACUUUCAAGCAUGCAGUUUAUAGACCUAUCCAACAAUAGAAUAAAUGGGAAACUUCCAGAGUGGUUAUGGAGCCUUCCUCAACUGGGCACACUAAACAUUGUAAACAACUCUUUCAACUGUUUCGAAGGCUCAUCAGCACAAGCUUUAGUAAAUUCAUCAGUGCGGAUAUUACUUUUGGAGUCAAACAAGUUCGAAGGAGCGCUUCCAAAUCUACCACUCACCAUCACCGUCUUCUCCGCCGGUACUAAUAACUUCACUGGGGAGAUACCUCUCUCAAUCUGCAACAGGAGUUCACUCACCGUCCUUGACCUAAACUACAACAACUUCACCGGUCCGAUUCCUCAGUGCGUGAGCAACUUCACUUUUGUGAAUCUCCGGAAGAACAACUUGGAAGGAAGUCUCCCAGACAUGUUCUGCGUCAGCACCUCCCUUCGGACGCUUGACGUCGGCCACAAUCUACUAACCGGAAAGCUCCCGAGGUCGCUUCGAAACUGCUCCUCUCUAAAGUUUCUAAGCGUUGACAACAACAACAUCAAAGACACGUUUCCUUUCUGGCUCAAGGCGUUACCGAACUUGCAAGUUCUCACCCUCCGUUCAAACAAGUUCCACGGUUCGAUAUCCCCUCCUAAUCAAGGUCCUCUAGGGUUUCCGGAGCUACGGAUACUCGAAAUAUCGGAUAACAGGUUUACCGGAAGCUUACCGGCAAGAUAUUUCGAGAACUGGAAAGCAUCAUCAUCAUUAUCGCCCGCCGCGGGGAAACAAGAUGUGAGUAUAUACAUGGUGUACGAGAAGAAUCCAUACGGGUUGAUUGCGUAUACCUUCACGGAUCAUAUAGAUAUGCAUUACAAAGGUUUGCGUAUGGAGCAAGCGAACGUCCUCACUUCGUAUAGCGCUAUUGAUUUUUCAAGAAACCUACUCGAAGGAAUGAUUCCUGAAUCCAUCGGUCUUUUAAAGUCGUUGAUCGCACUCAACCUAUCGAGCAACGUCUUCACGGGCCAUAUUCCUGAAUCUUUGGCUGAUCUCACGGCUCUCGAGUCGCUAGAUAUGUCCAGGAACAGACUCUCUGGAACUAUUCCUAAAGGACUCGGGAGCGUGUCGUUUUUAUCUUACGUAAAUGUGUCUCACAAUCAGCUCAGAGGUGAGAUACCGCAAGGAACACAGAUUACUGGACAGGCUAAGUCAUCUUUCGAAGGGAACGCAGGGCUUUGUGGUCUUCCUCUUGAAGAAAGUUGCUUCGGUACUAGUGAUGAACAUUCAACAGAAAACUAUAAGGAAAAAGACGAAGACCAAGAAGAAGAAGAAGAAGUGUUAAACUUGAAAGCAGUGGCGAUAGGGUGUGGACCAGGAGUGUUGGUUGGAUGGGCAAUAGCACACAAGUCGUCUCAUUUGUUCUUCCGUUGAUCGACUAUAAUUAUUAUAUUAGGAAGAUUUUGUCACGUAUUAUAGAUACAUCUGUUUUUUUUUUUUUUUGCCAAA